UGAAAGUCAAAACCCUAAAUGGAACAGUUAAAACACUGAGAAAUCGAGAGAGAGCUGCCGCCGGUAACAAGAUGUGCGGAAUCGCUUUACUUGUCUCUGGCAUUCGCAUCUGCUUAUCGUCUCUAAAUCUCGAUUCCAUAUCUUCAUCCUCUAAAUCACAUCUGGUUUUUUCUGUAGAUGAUCUUAAAGCUGCUUUACAAAGACGUGGCCCCGAUAGCUUGGGCACCAUGAAGCUUCUUCUUCCUCUUCAUUCUAACUCUUCAAAUUCUACUAACUAUCGGGUUUCUUCUUUUAACGAGGAAUCUCACGUCCUAGACAAUGGUUCGGACAUGCCUGAAUCUUUUGCUGAAUUUGUUUUUCUCGGUGCUACGUUGCAGUUAAGGGGAGUGUCUCCUGUUUGUCAGCCAUUGAUGGAUUCUUCAAGGAACGUUCUUGUUUACAAUGGUGAAAUAUUUGGAGGAAUUGAGGUUGGUAUUCACAAAAAUGAUACUGAAAGUCUUAUGCAAUCUCUGGGAAACUGCUGUUCCUGCCGUUCCCAGGAACAUAGGACAACUUGUGAUUUUAAUGGACAAGCGAAAGGUUCUAUUGUUGAUGUUCUUUCAGUUAUAAAAGGACCAUGGGCUAUCAUUUACUGGCAGGAAAGUUCGAAAACCCUGUGGUUUGGUCGAGAUGCGUUUGGUAGGAGAAGUCUUCUUGUUCACUGGCCCACCAUGGAGGAUCCUCGUUUUCUGCUUUCAUCUGUGUCACCUACUUCGUCAAGGCUACAAGAUUCCAGCUUUGAAGUUGAAAAUGGGAGUAGUGGCAUCAAAUUUUGGGAAGAGCUUUCGUGUGGGAUAUACAGUAUGUCUGUAGAUGUGAAAAAAUCAGAUGGGAGUUUUCAUAGUGAAAUCAAGAAACAUGAAUGGACCAAUGCUAUGCUGAAAGAACUGAUCAAAUGGGAAAGAGUUUCCAUCGAACCCAAACCUGCAGAGUUGAAUUUUUCCCAUUCUAGGACUUCGAGUGCUGAACUUGACAUAAAUUCGUCUUCUUCAGUUUUGGCGCAGAAUGUGUUGACAGCUUUGAGGGAAUCAAUGUUGCGGCGCAUAUCACUGUAUAAUAUUUAUCAGGCCCUAAAAGAAACUGUUCCCGUGGCUGUUCUCUUUUCUGGUGGAUUAGAUUCUAUGAUUAUUGCUGCAUUGUUGGAUCAAUGCUUAGAUCCUAAUUAUGAGAUUGAUCUCCUUAAUGUGAGCUUUGAUGGUGAGUCUGCUCCUGAUAGAGUCAGUGCAAAAAUAGGACUUAAGGAACUUAGAAGGGUUGCACCUUUGAGAAGGUGGAGACUUGUUCAUAUCGAUGCUGAUUUGUCAAAGUUGACAUGGGAAACAAAGCGUGUCUUGUCGCUUAUUAAUCCUGCCAAUACGUACAUGGAUCUGAAUAUAGGAAUAGCUUUGUGGCUUGCUGCUCGUGGUGAAGGUUGGAUAUGCAAAGAGAGUAAUAAUGAGACUGAUGAAGAUAAACGUGUCAAUUACACAUCAAGGGCCAGAAUUCUGCUUGUUGGUUCUGGUGCAGAUGAGCAAUGUGCCGGAUAUGGUCGGCACAAGACAAAGUAUAGGCAUGAUAGUUGGCUUGGGCUACACAAGGAAAUGAAAUUGGACAUGCAGAGAAUUUGGAAAAGAAAUCUAGGAAGAGAUGAUAGAUGUAUUGCCGAUACUGGAAAGGAGGCCAGAUUUCCGUUCUUAGAUGAAGACAUUAUUAGGACGCUUUUGGAUAUUCCUCUUUGGGAGGUUGCCGAUCUUGAUCAACCAAGUGGAAAAGGUGAUAAGAAGAUUCUGAGAGAGGUCGCGCAUAUGCUUGGUUUGCAUAAUGCUGCAAUUCUUCCCAAGAGAGCAAUUCAGUUCGGAUCAAGAAUUGCGAGGGAGUCAAAUCGAAAGAACUUUGGAAGUAAUCGAGCAGCCAACCAGGCAUCUGCAGGAAGUGUAGUAAUAAAUGUACAAUCGUACUUCAGUUGAUGUUGUGCUUUGAUGAUGCUUGUUGGAUUCAAAGGCUUUUCUGGCCGGUUUAAAUACAGGAUUUCCUUCUCAGCAAGUGUUUAUGGCGACAACGGUGAUAAAUUUGACAAGCCAAAUGCAGUCUUCUAGUUUAUAAAGCUAAUCUAACAUGCAUCACAGGCACUGCUUUAAGAUUCCAAUGGCAUCAGAAUACAUGCAGGAUCCUUGUUUUUCACAUUCUUCUCGAAACCCCGAAGCUUUUGAGAAUGAAUUUCACUGGUUGCUGAUGAUGAUAUUCAGGCAAGGCAACCGAUGCAAUCUAUGUUGCUCGAAUUUGUCAGAUAUAGGUAUGUCUUCAACAUGAGUAGGUUUAAUAUUUUUUGUAAAAAGUAUUUUCAUGUAUUCAGAAAACCGAUUCCCAAUUGUGUGUCAAAUAAGAACCGUUUUAGAAAAUGAAGAGUGCAAGUUUUUGGUUCA